GUUUUGACGCCGGAGUUGCCCGAAAACAGCAACGUUCGAUCAUCACAGCUUCCAUCUAAUUAAACCACCACCUUGCCACCACCUUGGGUCUUACGUUUACAUUCAGAAUUGAGCUGACUCUCUGUUGGUGCUGUUCAAUUCUAGGGCGAGCCCAGGCCAGCUGUCAAAAAAUGACAUCGCUUAGUAAUGGGGAAUUUCCUUCAUGGACAUCACGCGAUACGAGGUCGACCGGUUUGAGAUGAUCGACCAAGGGUCAUUCUCUAGAGCUUAUGCUGGAUCUUGGCGCGAUAGAUUGGUCGACAUCAAGGUUCUCCACGACUUUACCCCAGCUUCGACAUUUCGUCAAGAGGUCGUUCGUAUAUUCGGGGCGAGUAGCACCCAUGGCUCCAAGCCAUGGUUCAUCGUGAGCGAGCUAUACGAACGCGGGAGCCUCGUGGAGUGGUUGCUGACCAUGGCACACGAUGAUUACGCCACGCCACGCGAAGUCGACCAGUUCCGAUUUAUCUCUCAGAUCGCUGGCGGGAUGGAAUACUUGCAUGCCCAAGGAGUGGUGCAUGGUGAUUUAAAAUGUACAAAUGUGUUCGUGAAUGCAGAAGGAAACUGUGCCAUUGCUGGAUUCGAUCAGAGGGAACUCAAGGAUGAUGCCUACAGGCUGAGCGGGUGUCAACGACCGAAUGGGACGCCGAGGUGGAAAGCGCCAGAAAUUUUGGAUGGUGCCGCAAGUCCGACGAUGCAAGCGGACGUCUACGCUUUUGCCAUCUGCUGCGUGGAGAUCCUCAAUAUGGGUGGCAUUCCUUAUGACGAAGAUAUAAAGCGGAUCGUGCUCGAACACGACGCUCGCCCAGAGGUGUCCGAUACCUUUUUUUCUCGGUUUUUUGUUCUGAUGGUGGCACCGCCACAAGGCUGACAACAUGGUUUGGUCUAUAUUACAAAUUUAGAUCCUGGUCAACCCAAGUUCGGCGUCAAAUCCUAUCUGUGAUAUGAUCAGUACAUCAAUCAUGGGUAGCAUGUCUAACAAAAAAUACAGCAUGAAGUCUACCUUACCUCUAAUAAUGAAAUAAAAAAACACAUCUACCCUGCAGGUCAUCGCGGUAUGGUCGUUAA